CUCGAAAUGGUCAACCUAUGUAGAGAGAGAAAGAGAGACCAUUUCUCUUCCCUCAUAAUUCCUCCCAACACCCCCGUAUUCUUCUCCCUACUCAUUCAUUCCAUUGAUUAAUAUUCAUACCCACCCACACCCCUCCAUCCCAACACCAACACACAAAAGUCUUCCUCAUUCCCUUUCCCUUCCCUUCUUAUUCUCCUCGUUCUCUCUCCCAACCCUCCAAUUCACUCCACCCCUUCCAACAACCUAGUAGUUCCACUAUCUCUCAACAAACACACAUGGGUUUCGACGACGUCGUGUGCAACACGGGUCUCGGUUUGGGUCUAGGUUCCAAACCGACGGCCGAGGAUCGGAGGCCGAAUAAGCCGGCAGCGGCGGCGAGUGUUUUCGAGCCGUCGUUGACCCUGGGGCUGUGCGGGGAUACGUAUAAUCGAGUGAGUAAUAAAGGCAGUAAAGACGCCGUCGAGGUGUUGUAUCGUCAAGACAGCGGUGCGUCGUCGUUCUCGAACGGUAGCGUUAAGAGGGAGAGAGAGGUUGGGAGCGAGGAGGUGGAGUUAGAGAGAGUGAGUUCUAGAGUAAUCAGUGAUGAAGAUGAUGAUGGUACUAAUGCAAGGAAGAAGCUUAGGCUCAAUAAAGACCAAUCUGCCCUUUUGGAGGAAAGUUUUAAGCUACAUAGUACGCUUAAUCCGAAACAAAAGCAAGAAUUAGCAAGGAGAUUGAAUCUAAGGCCUAGACAAGUUGAAGUUUGGUUCCAAAAUCGGCGAGCCAGGACGAAGCUGAAGCAAACUGAAGUGGACUGUGAGUUUUUGAAGAAGUGUUGCGAAACACUAACAGAUGAGAACAGGAGGUUACAGAAGGAAUUACAAGAACUGAAAGCACUGAAGCUGUCCCAACCGUUCUACAUGCAGCUCCCGGCAGCCACCCUCACCAUGUGCCCGUCGUGCGAGCGGAUCGGUGGCGGCGGUAGCGGCGGCGAUACCGCUCCGAAGAGCCCCUUUUCGAUGGCUCCGAAGCCUCACUUCUUUAAUCCCUUCGCCAAUCCGUCCGCCGCUUGUUAAAAGUACGUAGUACUGUUGUUAUUAGUAAAAAACAGAUCACCCUUAAUCUUUUUUAUUGGUUUGAGGGAAAAUAUAUAUAAUCGACAGAUUAGAGUAGUUAAAUUUGUAGUUAGAAUUUACUAAUCUAUCUCAUGCUCUUUCUAAUUGUCGUUUGUAAAUUACCAAAUAAUUGAGUAUCUAUGGUGUGAUUAUUGUGA